AUGGCAGACCCAAGCGCUAUGGAAGUCGACACACCUGUUGAGCAGGUCGAGGAAGUCAUCGAGAAGCCCAAAAAGUCGGCUAAGAAGCGAUUAGAAGUCAAGAAGUGGUCGGCGGUAGCAUUUUGGUCAUGGGAUAUCCAGGUGGAAACCUGUGCCAUCUGCAAAAAUCACAUUAUGGAGCCAUGCAUCGAUUGCCAAGCCAACGCAUCCGGAACUCAGGCUGACUGUAACGUGGCCUGGGGUAAGUGCAACCACGCCUUUCACUUUCAUUGCAUUAACCGAUGGCUCAAGUCCCGAAACACUUGUCCAUUGGAUUCCAAGGACUGGGAGUUCACCAGAUAUGGCCAGUAG